GAAGCUGUACAUAACAAGUAGCCGGUAGUCGGUGGGUUUCAUAGCCACUUGCGAGUAGUGAGAGAUAACUGGAGGAUAGUCUCUUUCGGAACCAUGAAGAUUGUUUUGGCGGCAUUGCUGGUGGGACUUCUGGUCGCCACCGGCCACGGAUAUCAGGUCAAACCGAGGAACUACAAUCAAACUGUUCAGCAGCUUCAGGAGGAAUACGUUCGAUUGGAGGAGGAUUUCCGGCGGGAAUUCCAGAUUUGGAAGAUAACUGGCGUGAAGACACCCCACUUCAGGGAGAUGUUGGAAGCCUGGAAGUUUACCGAGGAUCAGCGCCGUAAGGAGCUGGAGGAUCUUCCAGUUCCAAUGGAAGGAACUCUGUGUGGAUUGUGUCGAUCGGUUGUGGGACAGCUGAUGGAACAACGUCAGCAGGGUGCUUCUCGGGAAGAUCUUUUCGCGACGGCUUACGAACUCUGCACCACGCUACAAAUUCAGGAGCCAGAUGUAUGUCAAGGAGUUAUUGAGCUCAACAUCGACUUCUUCCUGUUCAUUUUCGAUGAUCGUCCAACGGUUGGUGCCGACACGGUUUGUGCUGUGGUUUUCCAAUCAAAUGCUUGCAUUUUGUCUGAUCCAGAGUUCAUUAACUGGUCGGUCAAUGUCAAUCCCCGCAGCACUCCGAUUACAGGUUCGAAGCAUUUCCCAAAUGCACGUGGACCAAAUGACAUCAAGAUCGUUCACAUUACUGAUUUGCACUAUGAUCCACUGUAUCUGGUUGGACACAAUGCAGUUUGCAACCGACCUGCCUGUUGCCGUAGCGACCAAGGAAUCCCCGAGAAUCCACUGGAGCGCGCUGGAAAGUGGGGUGAUUACCGUGACUGUGACUCACCCUGGGACGCCGUUGACGAUGUGAUCGAACACGUUGCCGCUCAUCAUUCUGAUGCUGCUUACAUCUAUCAUACCGGAGACAUAAUCGAUCAUGGCGUUUGGGAAACGUCCAUUCCGCACAAUAUCCAGAGCAUGAAUCGCGUUUACAACAAACUUGCUGAGAAGUUCCCCAACAAACCAGUGUACAACAUCAUUGGAAACCAUGAAGCUCAUCCUACGAACGUGUUUGCGCCAAGUACGGUGACCCAGCAGCAGUUCUCUAUGGAAUGGCUCUAUUCUUACUCCGCGGACAUGUGGUCGAGAUGGUUGCCUCAAGCCACUCAAAACACCAUCCGCCAUGGUGGAUACUACACAACCUUAGUUCGUCCAGGAUUCCGUGUCAUCGGUUUGAACAAUCAAGACUGCUAUACCUUCAACUGGUGGAUCCUGUGGAAGCCGGACUAUCUAUCAAAUCAAAUGCAGUGGCUGCAUGAUGUCUUGCUGCAAGCCGAACAGAACAACGAGAAGGUUCACAUCCUUGCUCACAUUCCAUACAGCUCUUCGGGAUCGACCUUCCGCAUCUGCCAACGGGAAUUCCGUCGUAUUGUUGAACGUUUUUACGACACUAUCAGUGGUCAAUUCAACGGACACACCCACCGUGACGAGUUCAACGUGUUCUACUCGAGAGAAAACCCCGCCCAUGCCAUCAACGUUGCAUGGAACGGAGGCAGCACCACGGCGUUCAGCAACAUCAAUCCCAAUUACAUUGUCUACUAUGUAGACCCCGAAUCUUAUCAAGUGACCGAUUUCGAGUCAUACAUCUUCAAUCUGACGGAUGCCAACCGCUUCCCGGAGCGUCGACCGGAAUGGUUCCAGCUGUACUCGUUCGCCAAGGAGUUCAACAUGCACAACCUGAGCCCGAUGGAAGCGGACAAGAUGGUGAAGCGACUGGGAACGCCGUCCGGACGGGAUGAACUGCGCCGUUACUGGGAAUUCAAGGUCAAACAGGGUGAUCCUUCGCUGGAAGCUGGCUGUGAUGACGAUUGCCUGCUGAACCACCUGUGCCAGGUGGUGGUCUCCGAAAUGGGCGAUGAUGUCAAGUGUGACGAGUUGCGGGCAACAUUCUUUGGUUAAAUAAAGUAAAUAA